GGAGCGCCAUGAGCUCGGAGCCGCCCCGCGCCUCGCUGCUCCGCGCCCUGUUUAAGAUGGAGCCGGCGGCGGCCGCCUCCGAAGUGCUGGGGGGAGCCUCCGAGUUCGUGAAAGAUCGCCUCUACUUCGCUACUUUGCGGAAUAAGCCCAAAAGUACGGCGAACACCCACUACUUCUGUACUGACGACGAACUGGUCUAUGAGAAUUUCUAUGCAGAUUUUGGACCUUUAAAUUUGGCGAUGUUAUACAGAUAUUGCUGUAAACUUAAUAAGAAAUUAAAGUAUUUCAGUCUGUCAAGAAAGAAGAUAGUUUUCUAUACCAGUUUUGACCAGCGGAAACGAGCAAAUGCAGCUUUUUUAAUAGGUGCAUAUGCUGUAAUAUACUUGAAGAAAACACCAGAAGAAGCAUACAGGACACUUCUGUCUGGAUCUAAUCCACCGUAUAUUCCAUUUAGGGAUGCUUCAUUUGGGAACUGCACCUACAAUCUCACCAUCUUGGACUGUUUACAGGGAAUAAAUAAGGCCUUACAGCAUGGAUUUUUUGACUUUAAGACUUUUGAUGUGGAUGAAUAUGAACACUAUGAGCGAGUAGAAAAUGGUGAUUUCAACUGGAUUAUUCCAGGAAAAUUUCUGGCAUUUAGUGGACCACACCCAAAGAGCAAAUUUGAAAAUGGUUAUCCUCUUCAUGCACCUGAAGCCUACUUUCCCUAUUUCAGGAAACAUAAUGUCACAUCAAUUAUAAGACUAAACAAAAAAAUUUAUGAGGCAAAACGCUUUACUGAUGCUGGUUUUGAACAUUAUGACCUGUUCUUCAUAGAUGGAAGCACACCAAGUGACAGUAUAGUUCAGAGGUUCCUGAACAUCUGUGAAAAUGCUAAUGGUGCUAUUGCUGUACAUUGUAAAGCUGGCCUGGGAAGAACAGGAACACUGAUUGCCUGUUACAUAAUGAAACACUACAGGUUCACACAUGCUGAAGCCAUUGCUUGGAUAAGAAUAUGUCGACCAGGCUCUAUUAUAGGACCUCAACAACACUUCUUGGAAGAGAAGCAAGCAAUGUUAUGGCUGGAGGGAGAUCUCAUACAAUCGAAACAGAAACAGCGAGUAGUUGAUGGAAACAUUAACAGAGUUCUCUGCGGUUUGAAUGAUAUGUCGAUCAGUGACAGCCUGAAUAAAGUGCAAGACUUGGAUCAGUAUGGGGAGUAUGAUUUUGAAGACAAAGAAGGUGUGGAAACUAAGGAUGGCCUGACACAGGGAGAUAAACUUCAUGCCUUAAAAAGUCGGAGACGGCCAUGUUCUACAACUGGAGCUCUGAGGCUGCAAGAAAUGAAACUGCACACCAGGUCCAUAUCGCAACCUUUCAGACUGAAUACUGCAGGCAGCACGGAAGGAUCUGUAUCUCCAUUGAAGGCCUCAAAAAUCAUGACAGUUAAUUCAUCGUCUGCAGAAAGAAUAAGCAGAAUUACUUCAUCCUCAGGCUCAAAUCUUAAAAGUCCCUUCAGUCUGAAUAUGUUCAGUACUAAAGCUUUGCUGCUUUGGUGAAACCUGCUGAGUUCUUACCGUGGAAAUCCUUCAUGAAGAAGAAUUUAAGGAAAGAAGCUGCUCAUUCCGUUGAGGAGUUUUCAAUAAAAGUUGUAUUAAAACCAUAACACCAAGGAACAACUUCUCAACAGACAGAAAUUUCUUAUUCAUGACUACUGCAGAUGCACUGAAGUUGUUUUAUGGAAAUUAUUCCUCCAUGUUAUAUACAGAUAUAAAUUUUUAAUGUUGAAACUACUUGAAUAUAUUUCUAAUUAAUUUCAUUAUGACUUUAUUAACUUGUGUACAGUCUUAAAAUGUAUUGAGAGAAUAUUUUAUUAAGCAAUAUAUAUAAGAAUUAUGUAAAAAUUAGAAUGUUUUAAUUUAGUUGUUCACUUUGCUACCAAAAUGUGUAUUUUAAAGAAUUUUUACAUGUUUAUCAAAGAUAUUAUUUUUUUAAUGAACAAGAGGUUUUUCUUGUUUUCUGGGUCCAUUAUUGCUUAAAGGCUAAUGUAAUUACCUCUUUCGCUGAUUGGUCUUCUGAUAACUUGGUGGAAGUCUAACUAAUGAGACUAUAGUUAUUACUCUAUCAACUGAAAGCACUUGGAUACAUAGUCUGCUUUCCACAUUCAGCUGCUGAUGUUUCAUGAGGAGAUGCUAUGAAAGAAAAAUGAGUUACAUUGCAACCUUCAUCGUCAUUGCAAAAAGAAAGUAACUUAGCUGAUUAUUCAGUUAAUUAAUACUUUUUCAUUUUACUUUAAAGAAUUGUUUUAACUUUUAAAAGUAGAAUGUUAAAUUAUGCUAUGCAAUGUCAACUGCAAAAAUGAAGACAGACAAAGCAUACUGACAAAGUAAGAAUGUUUGUAUUUGGCUGUGCUGCACACUUGCAUUUUGCAAGUUUCAGUAGCAAAGCACACCGAAGUGAAUGUUUGGAAGUAUACUGAAUUGUCACUUAGUGACUGGAUGUUCUAUGAACCUUUGAAUUUGAAAACUAUUGUCAGAUAUAUAGGUAGUUUAAACUGCUGUGUCACACAACAGUUUUGUUAGCAGUAAGGAUAUUCUUUAAUACAUUAGCUGCAAUUAGGAAUGAAUCUUUGAAUGAAAUGAUCUUACAGCGAAGUAUUACAGAUCAUGUAGAAGUUUUUCAGAAUUCCACAAAUGCGAUCACAGCAAAAAUAAUAAUAAUAAAAAAAAGCAUCUGUGAAAACUAGAAGACAAACACAAAACAGAUUUGUUAGCCAUGAGUUUUUCCUACAUCUACAGGAACAUGAAAAUAGAACUUGUUGAUUUGUCAGUCUUUGUUUCUGAAGACGUGAAUGAUCUGCGUUUGCCCUGCAACUGAAGUUGCCACCAAAUUGCUACAUAGUUAUACUGAAAGUGUUAAUAAGCAAUACUGAGAGCAGCUCUACAAAUCACUGAAUAAAACUUACAUGCAAUACUGUACUUUUCCACAAUUGUGUAUAUGUAAAAUAUACACACACAAAGUAGCAUAUGUGUGUGCAUAUAUAUAUAUAUAUACAACAUACUAUAUAUGAAUUAUAGAUUAAUGGUAAGGUAAUUCUACCUCUUAUGAAAAAAGUCAUGUGCUUUGUUAUAAAUUUCCUUUAAAAAAAAAAUUGUUUCAUUUUGGAAUGUAGAUAUAUGUACAUGAAUACAGCUAAUUGAUAAUA